AUGAUCGCGAGUAGCAACGAGACGCUGAUGGCCUUUGCGGCAUGCCAGAUCCUGGAGCUUCGCCCUCGACUACUACCAGUCCCGGGAUCAACCCCGCUCCCUCCAGUUCUUCGCCUCCGCCUCUCUGCUCUGCCCCCUGUGUCUCGCCUAGACACUUACAAGGCGGCUAUCGUUCCUGCUCUUCGUGCACGUCCUGCGGAGAUGGAGAACGAACAAGGCAAUUCACCCAAGCGCAGCCCCGCAAUGGACGAAAGAGGCGGAAGCGGCUGCUGGAGUCUUGGCGAGCCCGACGUUCCAGAACGAACCUCAGACUCUGAUUGCUUUACGAGGGAAAGAGCAACGAAGGGGAGACCACAGACAGCUAAAGCUGACGAGUAUCCUGGUGGCCUCCUGCUCACAAUUUUUCUCGAUUACCUCCCUCUCGGUGUUCCAGAGGAUGAUAUCGUGGCUAGGUUUACAUGCAUUCGACGACCGGUCGCCAUGGCGACCGGCAUCUAUUUCUCCCCUUCGUCCUCACAUCGAGAUUCCGUCUCCAAUUUGUCUUCCGGUGCCCUCCCUUGUUUUCCUUCCUCGGCCAUGUGGAGAGCCAAUAGUUCUGGCAGUUAUCGCUCGAUACGGCGGCGGGCCUGGGGCUUAGCUGACGCCGUAAAGGCGCAGCCAGGCAUGGCAAGGCUGGACACCUCUGCACUAGAGUUAAGCAGUGCCCGUUACACUGUCAACUUAAGAGGCCCACAGCCAGCCCCCGUCCCUGAGGCUCCUUCGUGCCAAAGGUCAAUCGACGACAGCUUCGGAUCGUUGCACGAAAUGAUGCUUGGACGAGUGAGACAAGCGUGCUCUUACUUCGACGGAGGAAGUGGGGGCUUACGCUCGUAUAUGCUUGAUGAACUGGAAAUGGAACCAGAUUUCUCUUACUCGGUUUUCGUCCCAGCUAAGAUCGUGACUGUGAAAAGGGACAAUGCAGAAGAAGAACGAGGUGUAGGGGAGCAACACGGGUCGAAAACAAAAGGCAAACAAACUUUCGCCAUUCAAUGCGUUUCUCCUCGCCUGGAGCCAAUGGUCCUGAAUGAUUUUGAUACAUUUAUCGACGUGGGGCUAAACGGUGUGCACUUUACUGAGAGGCCUAAGAGCCUCCGCGUCGUCGAUAUUCACAUUCUAGGCAUUUCUCCUGACGUAGGGUCGAGUGACAGGCGGACCAGGGUGCAGAUAGAAGCGAACGAGUGCUUUGAGUCGGAGAAUACAGUCGUUCUUCUCCGAUACCCAGAUGCUACCGAGGAUGUCUUGCCGGCUCACGUUGACACAAAAUCUCACCGCAUUAGCUUCUGGAUGCCUCCUAAAAAGCCCUCGCAACGUCUCCCCACUGGACCGGGAAAGGAUCCUGCAGGCGUUAUCGACGAAGUAUCGAAGUUUUCUACUGAACCAGUUGUUUCUGACGAAGCAAGCGGAGGUCACAACAGCCCGAUCGCCCAUGAAGCUGAUGGCGGGUUCGUGCCCUCAAAUCAGGUCGAUCAUAAGGGCCAGAUAUCUGUUUUUCUCUCCUUCAAUGGUCAGGUUUUCAGCCGGCAACCGGCCGUUUUCACGUAUUAUAGUCCAGAUCUGUGCACACAGCAUGUCAUUGCAUACACCAUCUCGGAAAACGGAGAUCUGUUCGAUGUAGAUCUGGACAAUGUCAUGUCUCCCCAGACUCAUAUCGUUGUCUCUGUCCAGUCAGCGAUCGCAAGCAACAGCGCUCAAGUUCGGCUUACUAUUCUUCGGUCUGGCAAUCCGGCUGCACGAGACUUUCUUUCGUGCCUUCAUGACGAGAUGUCUCCUGUUGCUGCAGUUUCCUCAUCCACCGAUACAGACAACUACACUCCGUCCACCAUGAGCUCUGCGCAUGAAGUUGCUUCACCUCCAGAACAAGCAGUCGAACGUGUUCUUUAUCUGCCAGCCGUAAUAGAUGUAGACCCGCAGCCGCUCACGCUGCUGCCCGAUCCAAACCGAGUAAAGAGGAAACCUGCAGGGUCCCGUGCGACCGAUAGUCAGAGGGGGAAAGCUGGGUCUGCGACAGCAAACAGCGCAGGGGCUCGCGCAAAAACAAAAGCUGUGCCGGGAGGUGGGGCAGGUAUUCCUGGAAUGGCAAACUUUACAGGGGGAGGCCAAGAGGGGAAAACCCCUGCAGUUGGACUCGGUGGACCUCGAGAGCAAACUGGAAGCGCAGCAGGAAGAAAUGCGACCUCUAGCGGCGGCCCUACAUUGCGGGCAAGAAGAAGAGAAAAAGCAGAAAACUCUGGUUUGGAAGCCGCAGAUGAAAAACCACGGGAUCCAACACUCACAUUUGUUACUCCAGAGCUCACUUUCCCCGCAUUGACCCUGGAAGAGGAACAAGUAGAGACGUCUGAAGAUUUUGUCUUCGCCGUUUGCAGUGUCUCUCUUGACGGACAGAGAUUCAUCCCCGUCAACGAGGCUAGGAUCCUCCGACUCCAGUGCAUUCGCCUUCGACCCUCACAGGAAGACGCCGUGCCCGCCGGGGGGGGAGGAGGCGAUGGUAGAACGAGUUCGCCAGACCACGUGAAACCACGGAAAAAAGGUCUUCCCCCUGAAUGA